GCGGACGGAGGGAGAGGGAAAGCGGGGACUGUGAACUGUCCUUUUUUUUUUUUUUUUUUUUUUUACACUAUAUUUGCUGCGAGGACGCGCACUGUCUCCGCUCCUUUUUUUUUUGGCGCCGCGGAGGACGGAGAGUCGUCGCCGGCUUCCUCUGGUCUCCAACAACACAACACAACACACACAAAAAAACACGGCGCAGCCUCAUGAGUCGGCCUGGUGAACUUCCAUCAUGGAUUUAACGAAGGUGGGCAUGAUCCAGCUGCAGAACCCCAACCACCCCACGGCGCUCCUCCACAAGGCCAACCAGAUGCGCCUGGCGGGGACGCUGUGCGACGUGGUCAUCAUGGUGGACAGCCAGGAGUUCCACGCCCACCGGACCGUGCUGGCGUGCACCAGCAAGAUGUUCGAGAUCCUCUUCCACCGCAGCAGCCAGCACUACACCUUGGACUUCCUCUCGCCAAAGACCUUCCAGCAGAUUUUGGACUACGCCUACACUGCCACGCUCCAGGCCAAGGUGGAGGACCUGGACGACCUGCUAUACGCAGCCGAGAUCCUGGAGAUUGAGUAUCUGGAGGAGCAGUGCCUGAAAAUCCUGGAGACCAUCCAGUCGUCGGACGAGAACGACGCGGAGGCGGGCGCCAACGACGGCAGCACGGAGGAGGACGACGAGCGCAAAGGCCACAACGGAGUCAAGAACUCCAAAAAGCAUUCCAUGGAGAGUUUCUACCUGUCGGGCGCGGACCAAGUCUCCGCCAUGUCCGGCAUGCUGGACCAGAGCCCGUCCGUCUCCACGUCCUUCGGCGUCUCCAACCUGAGCCCCACCAAAGCCGCCGUGGACAGCCUGAUGAGCAUCGGCCAGUCCCUGCUCCAGCAAGGCUUCGGGGGCGAUCACAUCAACGCCCACCACCUCAUGAGCGAGAUCAAGACGGAAAUGAUGCAGGUGGACAUGGGGGGCAACGGCCACCACAGCCCCCACAACAUGGAGUCCGGCGGCUCCAGCAACGGCGAGAGAAGCGGGGAGGACCGGAACCGAGACGGGCCGGGGACGCCCACCAGGAGCAGCGUCAUCACCAGCGCCCGCGAGCUCCACUACUUGCGCGACGACGGCAUGGGCGACCCUCAAGCCGAAGUCAGCCAAAUGGGUCUGGAAGCCAUGGCCGGGAUGGCGGAGAAACACCUGGCCUCCCUCUACUCCCUCCCCGUCAACCAUAAAUCCGACGCCAUCAUGUCCAUGCCGGUCUCCAUGGCCUCCGCUCUGCCGAUGUCGCCCGCCUUGGCCAUGUCGGUGGACUUCAGUGCCUACGGCGGACUCCUGCCGCAGAGCUUCAUCCAGAGGGAGUUCUUCAGCAAGCUGGGCGAGCUGGCGGUGGGCAUGAAACCCGACGGGAGGAACCAACACGAGCGCUGCAACGUGUGCGGUGCGGAACUUCCGGAUAACGAGGCUGUGGAGCAGCACAGGAAGAUGCACAGCGGGAUGAAGACCUACGGCUGCGAGCUGUGCGGGAAGAGCUUCCUGGACAGCCUCCGUCUACGCAUGCAUCUGCUGUCCCAUUCAGCUGGCGACAAGGCCAUCGUGUGUGACCAGUGCGGCGCCCAGUUCCAGACCGAGGAGUCCCUGGAGGCCCACCGGCAGAUCCACACCGGGUCGGACAUGGCCAUCUUCUGCCUGCUCUGCGGGAAGCGUUUCCAGACCCAGCCGGCGUUGCAGCAGCACAUGGAGGUCCACGCCGGCGUCCGCAGCUACAUCUGCAGCGAAUGCAACCGGACCUUCCCGAGCCACACGGCGCUCAAACGCCACCUGCGCUCGCACACAGCCGGGGACCACCCGUACGAGUGCGAGUUCUGCGGGAGCUGCUUCCGCGACGAGAGCACGCUGAAGGGCCACAAGCGCAUCCACACCGGCGAGAAGCCCUACGAAUGUAACGGCUGCGGCAAGAAGUUCAGCCUCAAGCACCAGCUGGAGACCCACUACCGCGUGCACACAGGUGAGAAGCCAUUCGAGUGCAAGCUGUGCCACCAGCGAUCCAGGGACUACUCGGCCAUGAUCAAGCACCUGCGCACCCACAACGGCGCCUCGCCCUACCAAUGCACCAUCUGCCUGGAGUACUGCCCCAGCCUGUCGGCCAUGCAGAAGCACAUGAAGGGCCACAAGCCCGAAGACGUCCCCCCUGACUGGCGCAUAGAGAAGACCUACCUGUACCUCUGCUACGUCUGAGAGGGGCUUUGGAGAAGAGAGGUGGCGGAAUGGGCUUGGAUGGAGGGGGGUUGGAGGAGGAGAAUGUAUCGAAGACGUGGAAGCGUCCAAAGACUUGUCUUGCGAAAGCGGCAAAACGACGACAAAAAGGAAGGUUGGUCAAGGAGACGCGUCCGCCGUUUAGUUCGGAAUCAUCGGGUCAUUGCCCCACUUUGUGUUGUUACUGUGUUAUUAUUUCAGGUUGGCAUGGAGGCGUUGCUGCUAGCAGUGUCGGCAGAUUCUCAAGGGCUAUCUGAACCGCCAGCAAACUGGUGGUAGAUUCCUUCGUGGUCGUCGUCGUCCGCUUCCAUUAGCCGUCACAUUAAAAAAAAAAGUGAAUCUUAAGAAGUUCAUCACAGUGAUGGACCGCUUUGUGUUUGUCGUAGUUGCAGUCGGCAACUAAGAACGUCUCUCGGCAGAGACCGGGGGAUUUUGAGUUGUGUACUUUCUAUGAUAGACGCUAUAAAUUUAGAGAAAAUCUCUGGAAAUACCGCCAAAAAAAAAAAAAUGUUAUCGUAUAUUCUGAGCUCCGUGCUCCGCCCCCCCCCUCCACAAAGUUUUGUGGUAAUCUCUUAAAAUGUUUUGUUGUUUAUCCUGCUUAAAAAAAGUGUUCAUGCAUUAUUCACUGAAAGGUUUAAGGAAAAUGUCAAGAAAGUGCCCUUACAACAACAACCCCCGGAUACGCUCUCUUGCGCCUAGCCGCACCAAAAUUUAGUUUGUUCUUCCUCGGCCUACGUCCUACCUUUAUGCAAAGUUUUGUCAUAAUCAGUCGAUUCGUUUUUGUGUAGUCGGCAAAAAAAGAAAACUGAAUCACCCACAAAAAAACAUACUUUCAGAUCGUGUUCAAACAAAACCCCAAUUUCCUGUGCGUCGGUAACUAGAACGUCACUCCGUACGGAGCGGAACUCCGACUUCGGGUCAAAUGAUCAAUUUUGAUACACAACCCUUCCUCUUACGUUCGUCUAAAUUUCAUGUAUUUGUUUCAGAAGCAAAAUGUGUAAAAGUGCCCUUACAAUAAGAAUUCAGUGUAGUCAUUCUGUAUCUUCACCAAAAUUCAAUUGAGUCUUCCUUCAUUUAUGUUCCACCUUUACGCCAAGUUUUGUUGAAAUCGCUGAAGUCGUUUUUGCGUAGCGCGUACAAACAGAUCCAAGUUCCUGUUCCUGUUAAAACAUAAGCACAAACUACUUGUCUCUGCAACCGUCUGUGGACUUCCACCAAGGCCGAUUUGAACUGCUUCAAUCAUAUCCAUACCAAAUUUGAGUUUGUUCUUCCCUGACCCGUGUUCCACCUUUAUGCCAAGUUUUGCGGAAAUCAACGAAACAGUUUUUGCAUAGUUAACAAUAGACAGAGUGCUUAUGAACAAAUUUUACUUUUUCUUCCUGUUCUGUCCUUGUUGAAACACAACGCAACCUCUUUAGUGGAUGAGAAUAUCACUCAAACAAAUUGUGCAUCAAAUACUUUUACACACGCCUUAAUUUUCUUCAGUAAGUCGCUCGUUUCAUUCACUCGGUGAUGAAAAAAAAAAAAAUGAAAAUGUUUAAGUGCCCUUACAACAAAAAUGUCUUAUUCGUAUCUAUACCAAAACGUAAUUAAUUAUUCUUUGAUUUUGUCCCACCUUUUCACGCAAAGUUCCUGUUCCUGGUCGGUUUAUGUUCCAACUUUUUGGUGGUGACCACUGGAAGGCCAGACCUCAACCAAGGUCAAAGUUGGAUUAAAUUGAACAUCUUUAGAAAUGCUUGACAUACUAAUCAUACGCCUAAAUUAUCCCUGUAGGAUCCAUGGAUUAUUAACUCGGCUACCCACUGAGAAUGAAAAUGUCUAAAAGUGCCCUUAAAACAAGAAUUCCGUAUCUGCACCAAAAUUCAAUGGACUCUUCCUUAAUUUAUGUUCAACCUUUUUGCCAAGUUUUGUCAAAAUCGGUGAAGUGUUUUUUUGCGUAGCGCAUGCAAAACGGAUCAAUGUUUAUGUUCUUGUUUGAACAUAACCACAACCUUCUUGGUGGACCACAUUGUCACCACAACUGACAGCGGACCUAAACCAAAUCCGAUUUGGUUAAAAUUGUAUCAAAUCUUAUCCUCUUAGGAUCGUUAGAAUCCUUGAUUAAGUAGGACCAGGUCUAAAAGUGCCCCUACAAUUCCGCACCAAAAUAAAAUUGGUUCUUCCUUCAACAAAUCGUACUUCUUAUCAUCUUCCGAUCUUCAAAAUCUUUGAUUCUGACGAUCCUCCUAGGAUCGUUAGAAUCCUUGAUUAAGUAGGACCAGGUCUAAAAGUGCCCUUACAACAAGAAUUCCGCACCAAAAUAAUAUUAGUUCCUCCUUCAACAAAUCGUACUUCUUAUCAUCUUCCGAUCGUCAAAAUCUUUGACUCUGUGAUUCAAAAGGAAAAUGCCAAAAAAUUAUCCUCACAACAAGGAUUCCAAUUCGGCACCAAAAUUGAACUGGAUCUUCUACCACUUUACUCAAAAAGUUGUUUUUGCGCAGCGCCUCAAAACAUAUGAAAGUUCCUGUUCUGGUUCCUGUUCACAUGAUCACAACCUCCUUGGUGGACUUCAUUGACUGCGACCUUCGCCAAGUUGAACAACUCAAAUUUGGAUCAAAUCUUAUCCUCUUAGGAUCGUUAGAAUCCUUGAUUAAGUAGGACCAGGUCUAAAAGUGCCCUUACAACAAGAAUUCCGCACCAAAAUAAAAUUGGUUCUUCCUUCAACAAAUCGUACUUCUUAUCAUCUUCCGAUCUUCAAACUCUUUGACUCUGUGAUUCAAAAGGAAAAUGCCAAAAAGUAUCCUCACAACAAAAAUUCCAAAUCAGCACCAAAAUUUAACAUUUAUCUUCUACCACAUUACUCAAAGAGUUGUUUUUGCGUAGCACCUAUAAACAUAUGAAACUUCCUGUUCCGGUUCCUGUUCACAUGACCACAACCUCCUGGGUGGACUACAUUGACUGCAGACCUUCGCCAAGUUGAACGACUCAAAUUUGGAUCAAAUCUUAUCCUCUUAGGAUCGUUACAAUCCUUGAUUGAGUAGGACCAGGUCUAAAAGUGCCCUUACAACAAGAAUUCCGCACCAAAAUAAAAUUGGUUCUUCCUUCAACAAAUCGUACUUCUUAUAAUGUUCCGAUCGUCGAAUUCUUUGACUCGGUGAUUCAAAAGGAAAAUUCCAAAAAGUAUCCUCACAACAAGAAUUCCAAAUCGGCACCAAAAUUUAACUGGUUCUUCAAUCCAACUUUACUCAAAAAGUUGUUUUUGCGUAGCGCCUCUACACAUAUGAAAGUUCCUGUUCCGGUUCCUGUUCACAUGACCACAACCUGCUUGGUAGACUACAUUGACUGCAGACCUCCGCCAAGUUGAACAACUCAAAUUUGGAUCAAAUCUUAUCCUCUUAGGAUCGUUAGAAUCCUUGAUUAAGUAGGACCAGGACUCAAAGUGCCCUUACAACAAGAAUUCCGCACCAAAAUAAAAUUGGUUCUUCCUUCAAAGCUUGUGUUCCGGUUCCUGUUCCCAUGACCACAACCUCCUUGGUGGACCACAUUGACUGGAGACCUUUGUCAAGUUGAACGACUCAAUUUUGGAUCAAAUCUUAUCUUCUUAGGAUCGUUAGAAUCCUUGAUUAAGUAGGACCAGGUCUAAAAGUUCCCUUACAACAAAAAUUCCGCACCAAAACAAAAAUCGUUCUUCCUUCAACAAAUCGUACUUCUUAUCAUAUUCCGAUCUUCAAACUCUUUGACUCUGUGAUUCAAAAGGAAAAUGCCAAAAAUUAUCCUCACAACAAGGAUUCCAAUUCGGCACCAAAAUUGAACUGGAUCUUCUACCACUUUACUCAAAAAGUUGUUUUUGCGCAGCGCCUCAAAACUUAUGAAAGUUCCUGUUCUGGUUCCUGUUCACAUGAUCACAACCUCCUUGGUGGACUUCAUUGACUGCGACCUUCGCCAAGUUGAACAACUCAAAUUUGGAUCAAAUGUUAUCCUCUUAGGAUCGUUAGAAUCCUUGAUUAAGUAGGACCAGGUCUAAAAGUUCCCUUACAACAAGAAUUCCGCACCAAAAUAAAAUUGGUUCUUCCUUCAACAAAUCGUACUUCUUAUCAUCUUCCGAUCUUCAAAAUUCUUGAUUCUGACUAUCCGCCUAGGAUCGUUACAAUCCUUGAUUAAGUAGGACCAGGUCUAAAAGUGCCCUUACAACAAGAAUUCCGCACCAAAAUAAAAUUGGUUCUUCCUUCAAAGCUUGUGUUCCGGUACCUGUUCCCAUGACCACAACCUCCUUGGUGGACCACAUUGACUGGAGACCUUUGUCAAGUUGAACGACUCAAUUUUGGAUCAAAUCUUAUCUUCUUAGGAUCGUUAGAAUCCUUGAUUAAGCAGGACCAGGUCUAAAAGUUCCCUUACAACAAAAAUUCCGCACCAAAAUAAAAAUCGUUCUUCCUUCAACAAAUCGUACUUCUUAUCAUAUUCCGAUCUUCAAACUCUUUGACUCUGUGAUUCAAAAGGAAAAUGCCAAAAAUUAUCCUCACAACAAGGAUUCCAAUUCAGCACCAAAAUGGAACUGGAUCUUCUACCACUUUACUCAAAAAGUUGUUUUUGCGUAGCGCCUCAAAACUUAUGAAAGUUCCUGUUCUGGUUCCUGUUCACAUGAUCACAACCUCCUUGGUGGACUUCAUUGACUGCGACCUUCGCCAAGUUGAACAACUCAAAUUUGGAUCAAGUGUUAUCCUCUUAGGAUCGUUAGAAUCCUUGAUUAAGUAGGACCAGGUCUAAAAGUUCCCUUACAAAAAGAAUUCCGCACCAAAAUAAAAUUGGUUCUUCCUUCAACAAAUCUUACUUCUUAUCAUCUUCCGAUCUUCAAAAUCUUUGAUUCUGACUAUCCGCCUAGGAUCGUUAGAAUCGUUAGAAUCCUAGGACCAGGUCUAAAAGUGCCCUUACAACAAUUCCGCACCAAAAUAAAAUUGGUCCUUCCUUGAAAAGUGGAGAGUCCCGGUCAUAAACUGGAAUGUUCCUGGUUUUUCCUCGAUAGCCCCUGAGAAUCAGCAGAGGAGGCGUUGGGAAUAUGCAGUAAAAGUCCUUGAACUCGUUAGUUCGGUUGAUUGUUGGGAACGGGGGCCGGGAGGGGGGGUGGGGGGGUUUCGUGCUGCUUUGUUUUUCCCCCCACUCCCCCGCUCCUUACCCGCCGCCACUCAUCCGUGGUCUUCCCGGUACCGCCAGGUACCUUCACCCCGACCCCCUCCCACGAGGAGGCCAAAGGCUGACUUAUUUUAUAUUUUGCGUUUCGCCAUUAUCGUACUUCCUCAUAUCACGGCUUCAUUGCACAGGUUACCACGACAACAGUCUCUGUUGGAUGGACGCUCGUUAAGCCCGGCAGUAACAGGACCGGGGACGCUCGUUAUCUCACACUAACCGCCACACGCUUUUGCCAGGACCCGUAAGGCCGCUCUCCAAGUAGCGAACGUCGGAACGUGAAAGACUCGCCCGGCCGGUGUCGGGGCAGGAAGCCGGGGAUUCCCGACUUCCCUUAAAGGCAUCAUCAGGAAGGAAGCGAGGGUCGGAAUCCCCGAUUGGACGACAAAGACGACUUAAAUCAACUCUUUCUCUGUGGUUUCAUCGCCUCUUCUCCUUUUUUGUUUGUCUCGUGUGAACUCCGACACAUCAUACUUGAAUUACCUCAUUUUGUGACCUCAUCUCUUAGUUCGGACUUCCCACCUUUUGUCGAGUCGGAAAGAUGCAUUGCACAGCGUGAUUUUUUUUAAGUGCCGCAGUGAUGAGACUUAUGUGAGUAUGAGUGUUUCAUUUUUUUUUUGUGUGUGUAUUGUUACCAAACUUGGUAUUAUUAUUGUUAUUAUUAAUCCCGUUUGUUGAAGAGUCGGAAGGUUGUUUUUUUGUUGAUGUUGUUGUUGUUCUCAAAAAAAAAGCUACCUCUCUAAGUUCAUUUUCUGGCAAAAAAAAAAGCACAUUUUUUUGUUUUGGUUUUUUUUUCCAUCCUUGCUACUUCAUGUCAUGCUUCAUGUUUUUUUUUUCCUCUGAAAAAGUUGAUUUAAAUGAUUGUACAUAAAAGGUGAUGAUAGUAGAGGUCGGGUCGGGUUUUAGGGGGCGAGAAAAAAAAUGUUGGAAGCCUUAAAAGUGACGAUGGAGGAAAGGAGGAAGCACUCGUGCUCAGUUCAAGGGCGUACGAAAGCACCCAAGCAGUGAAACUUGAACAUAUGUGAAUAGUUUUGUAAUGUGAAGGCACCGGAUGGAUGUCGGUCAUCUUUUGUUUCUUAGUAAAUCAUCCAAACAAAAGAAAACAACGAGGAAAAAAAAGAGCCAACGGAGGCAAUUUGAUAUCAAAUUGUGAUAUUUUUGUAUUUCGUGUCAAGUCUUUUUAUUUUUUAUUUUUUUUGUGGAGAGUUAAAGCAGGGCACAAAUAUUUGUAUUUUUGGUCUUUUUCCCUGGGUGUGAAUCUCUUAUUUUUUUAUUUUUUGUUGCCUUGCUCUUCUUGGUAAUGGUGUAAAAAAUAUUGUAAGAAUACAAAUAAUAUUAAUAAUAAUAAUAUUAAUAAUAAGUGUUGCUUUCUGGAUGUCAAUUGUAGGUGAAGGACUGAAUCUAACCACCUUCUUUUUUUCCUUUUUCUUCCAAUUAUUAUUUUGUCGUCGUUAAUGUGACAAAGAAGAGAGAAAAAAAAAUAGCCAACCAAUAAUUCACCGUUUUCUCAAUCAAACUUGACUGUGGGCGUAUUAUUUUUGUGUUUUUUUGUACUUGAAGUUAUAUAUAAAAAAACAAAAAAAACAAAACGAAGGGAUGGUUGGCGCGUUUUGUUGAUGUCUUGCCAUUGGAUUCUCUCUCCAACACUGUGAGCCCGAGGGGGCGGGGCUUUUUUGUCGUAACUCCACCCACAAAUACAAUAACAAAGAAGAGUAAGACACUCCCACCAUGCAACACUCUCGUGACCCCGUGACCCUUCACCGCGUCAUCGUACUCUGAAUGUUUUCUACGGUUUUUCGUGCGGGUGAAGGAGUGUGUCGCUACUGUGUGUGUGUGUGUGUGUGUGUGUGCGCGCGUGUGUGUGUGUGUUUUAGUGGGAAAAUGCACUAAUCAAAAUAAAAUUAUAUUCUAUGCCACUGUUUUUUCUCUAUGUUGGUAAAAGAUACAAAAUAUAAACACGUCAGCAUCGAUGUCGUUCUUCCCUCCCCCUGCGUGUUCCUCUUGUGUGCCUAAAAAGAAUCCACCUGUAUUUUCACGUGAACAUUUUGCUAGAAAAUUUCUAAAUAAAACGCCAGCACCCUUGGGAUGUCAUGACACUCAUACAGUGGGGCAAAAAAGUAUUUAGUCAGCCACCGAUUGUGCAAGUUCUCCCACUUAAAAUGAUGACAGAGGUCUGUAAUUUUCAUCAUAGGUACACUUCAACUGUGAGAGACAGAAUGUGGGAAAAAAAAUCCAGGAAUUCACAUUGUAGGAAUUUUAAAGAAUUUAUUUGUAAAUGAUGGUGGAAAAUAAGUAUUUGGUCAACCAUUCAAAGCUCUCACUGAUGGAAGGAGGUUUUGACUCAAAAUCUCACGAUACAUGGCCCCAUUCAUUCUUUCCUUAACACGGAUCAAUCGUCCUGUACCCUUAGCAAAAAAAAAACAGCCCCAAAGCACGAUGUUUCCACCUCCAUGCUUCACAGUAGGUGUGGUGUUCUUGGGAUGCAACUCAGUAUUCUUCUUCCUCCAAACACCACGAGUUGAGUUUAUACCAAAAUGUUCUAUUUUGGUUUCAUCUGACCACAUGACAUUCUCCCAAUCCUCUGCUGUAUCGUCCAUGUAUCCAUUUUGGUAUAAACUCAACUCGUCGUGUUUGGAGGAAGAAGAAUACUGAGUUGCAUCCCAAGAACAACAUACCUACUGUGACGCAUGGGGGUGGAAACAUCAUGCUUUGGGGCUGUUUUUCUGCUAAGAGGACAGGAAGAUUGAUCCGUGUUAAGGAAAGAAUGAAUGGGGCCAUCUAUCGUGAGAUUUUAAGCCAAAACCUCCUUCCAUCAGUGAGAGCUUUAAAUGGUUGACCAAAAACUUAUUUUCCACCAUAAUUUACAAAUAAAUUCUUUGAAAUUCCUACAAUGUGAAUUCAUGGAUUUUUUUUUCACAUUCUGUCUCUCACAGUUGAAGUGUACCUAUGAUGAAAAUUACAGACCUCUGUCAUCAUUUUAAGUGGGAGAACUUGCACAAUCGCUGGCUGACUAAAUACUUUUUUGCCCCACUGUACAUGACCUUAUUUUGUUUUCCAUUUGAGGGCUGUUUAUGCUAUGAGAAUUGCAUUCGAACUUGAAGACUGCAAACAUUUAUUAGAAAAAGACUUUUUUAAAUAAUCAGCAUGAGAAGACACUUGAUGCAUUUUUUUUUAAUUAUUUUUGUUCUUCAAACCAGCAACAGGUUUGCUGUCUAACAAUAAUGCGCUUGGAAACAAUUGAGUUUUAAAAAACAAAACAGACAGGAGCCUAUAAAGUACUUUUUUUUGUUUGUUUUUUAUGUUUAAUGUUAUUUUUGUACAUGAUGCAUUUAAGGGGUGUGGGACAAGAGGGACUCAUGGCAUCCCCCGGAGCUGGCACUAUUGUUUUUAGUUUUUUUGUUUUAAUUUUUGUGCUUUUUUCCCCCUUCCGGUUGAAUUGCCAUUUCACAUGCCAUUGAGGGUUAGAUGUAAACGUAAAAAAAAGAAAGCACCAAGUAUUUUUCUAACUUAGCACUGAGGACCAACAAGUUUGCCGUGUCGGACCAAGCGUUGCGAAACUUUUAAUCGUAACAGCUUUUUUUUUUCUUUUUUUUUUUUCUUUCCCUCCCUCUCUUUCUAUGUCGUCUUUGGCUUGUCUGUGCAACUUCGCUCCUCCUCCAUUGUAACGACCGCACAAGUCGCUCUGUAUUAUUAAGAAAAUUAAGAAAUAUAGUGUUUUUGUGUUGUUGUUUUUUUAUUUUAUUAUUAUGAUGAUGAUUUGAAUUGUUAUAGUUUUGUCUACCUCAGCACCUAAUCUUAGCCUAAUCUUAGAAGGUGCCCAAUUAUUAUUUUUUAAAUUGUUUCACUUUGUUCUCUUUAUUGUUUUGUUUUUCGGGGAGGGGGUGCAUUAGAGCUUUGCAAAAAAAGAAAAAGAAAAAAAAAAAAAAAAGGUUCUUUGUCUUUUCCAGCGACAAUGUGCUAUUUUCCUCCCCUGUGGCCGUUUUCAUAUCUAUAGCCACCGCCUGUUGAUAUAAAAGUUGUUUUUGUUUCCAUGUAGAAUCAAACACAUCUCUUUGUAACAUUUCAGUGUUCUCUGAUGGAGUGUGAAGAAAAAAAAAAAAAGGACAAUAAAAGAUUUAAUGCUG